AUGCACAUAUGUCCAGUAAACCUGUCUGAUUUUGAGCUCCCUACUCUGGGGAACGCCUGGGCCAAUUCAGCCUCAGAUACAACUCUGGCUGAGACCAGCCAAACUCAGCAUCAACUGAGAGUUGAUCCAGAGUUCCCACAUGUUCCGGAACGAUUACCUCACCCUGGUGAGAUUACAGACCACACAAUUUUGAAUGUGUUUGGACAAAUGGGACAUGCAGGCCGCUAUAUCUUGGAUGGUCUCAAGACUGGAGCUGUGUACCAGGAAAUGUAUAAGGACUCUGACCUAAUGAUUGGAGCCGUGAUAAAUGUCUGGGGACGGAAAGUAGUGAUCUGUGAUUGUGAUGAAUUCACAAAAGAAUACUACCGGAACAAAUAUGGUAUUGCGGAAUUCACCCCAAUCAAAAUCAAGUCAAAAGAAGGACCUAAAAUUGAGAAGGAAAUUGCUCCAUACACUGGUUUUGGAUCAGAGGAAGACUCCCUCAAUUCAACCCUUAAAAUGGUUCCUCAUGUACAACGAAACAUGUUAAAAUUCAUGGAGAAUGACAGACAAGGUCUGGAUGGUAAUGUGCUCCGGUUUUCUGCCCGAAUGGUAUUGGACAGCAACCCAAUCAACAGUGAACGGAAAUUUGUCAUUUCAUAUUUCUUGAAUGAUGACACUAUGAGUAUUUUUGAACCUCCUAUAUCAAACUCAGGUGUUGUUGGUGGAAAGUUUUUGGAAAGAGGAAAAAUAAAAAAACCUAACCAGGAGCUCUUUAAGAGUGAGCCAUCGCAAUACUUUACUGUGCAUGACCUGUUCAUCGGAGCUAAGCUGUGCCUCAAUGGUCACAGCUUUUUGUUGGUAGAUGCUGAUGAAUAUACUUUAUGUUACAUGGAAAAACAUGCAGAUGAAUUCCUCAAAGGUAAUAUCUGUUCAAUCCUGAGCAAACUCAAAACAAUAAACAAUGAUAAAUCUCUCGAAAUUAAGAGGAUGUUUGCAGCUCAAGAUUUCGGAAGCUGUGGCAUAAUUAGAUACGAUCAGUUCAGGGAUAUCUUGCUUGAGAUUGCACAGGAACACUUCACUCCUCAUGAGAUUAUGACAAUAUGCCGCUACUAUAGCAUCCGUGAACAGCCAGGUUCAGACUUGUGUGUUGUACUAGCUCUGGUCCAAGAACAGCUGAGAAAGCACCCCUUUGAAGACUUCACUAAACUGACUCAAGCAUUCACAUUUGAGGAUCAGCAAAGAACUGGAUUAUUGUCGACAAAGGAAAGCAGAAAUAUCUUGAAGUCAUUCCAUCUGCCUCUAUCCAAAGAUCUUAUCGAAGAACUUCUGUCAAAGUUUAAAGAUGCUGAAGGACGGGUGCAAUAUACAAAUCUAAUCUCAAGCAUGAACUGGAGGGAAUACCCUCUCCCAGCUUCAGAAGUUGCACAGUACCCCAGCAAG